CUCGGCGAACGGAACGGCCGGUGGCGGCGGAGGAGCUGUUCUUCUUUUCGGCUGCGGCGAGGCGGCCGAUGUCAAACAUGCGGCGACGAAUCUUGUACGCGAGCAGCUCGACGACGGCACCGAGAGCGACGAAGGCGACGUGGACGACGAGGACGACGUGCGAGUCGAGGUCGAGGAAGUCGACGAAUACGGCGAAUCGACGACGGCGCGCCACGGCUCUGUUUUGCUGCCAGUGAAAGCAUACACGCUCGCGUGCGCGCGCUCACACACACACACACACACAUAUACAAGCGUGACACUCACAUCGGCACGCACCAUACACACACACACACGCCACACACGCACCGGUGCGCGGCUGCCGAUGAGCGCGGAUAUAUGGCGGCGCGAGUACUCUUGCUGAGCGUCUUGAUUACGGAAGUGUUGAAGCCCGCUUGUGCCGCAGGUGUUAAAGGUAUCGGGGGAAACUUCGGCGGUAGAAACGCGUCCAAACCAGAUGUCUCCGACGCCGGUCUGACUAAAGGCUCCGGGUUGACAUUGGAAAUCCAACCUGGCGGCCAUGUGAUACUAGGGAAGAAGGGGAUCACGCUUACCUGCACAGCUGGUUCCAACGAGAACAUUACCUGGCUUUACAAUGGAAUACGAGCGCCUCCGUGUGGUCGUACUCGCUGUGUUCUUCUUAAAAAUGGCUCUCUUCACUUUCACAAGAAACAAAAUUUACAAAUGCAAAAGUUCAAAGAGAAGGAAAGGAAUAGUAUUGUUAACGCUAGAAACCAUAGUAAAGAUGAAUAUCGCUGUGUAGCAAAUAAUAGUUUAGGAGAGCUGGUACGGUCAGCUCCUACAUUUAUUCAGAUAGCAGAACUUGCCCAUGUAUUUAAAGAGUCGCCCGAAAAUAUUACUGUUCGAGAAGGCGAAGUCGCAAGAUUUUCUUGCUUGAUAGACAGUGUUCCUUUUCCACCCAAUAUUACAUGGCAGCAUAAUGAAACGUUGUUGUCUUACCAUAAUGAAUCAAAGUAUUCCAUGGUACCACCAGGUGUUCUGUAUAUAAGUGCAACGAAACUGUCAGAUGCUGGCUCAUAUAGGUGCACAGUCACUAAUGAAUUUCUAAAGAAGACCAAAAAGAGCAGAGAAGCAAAACUAACGGUUAUCUCGAGGGCAGAGAGCAACAAUUCGCGCACACCAUCGUCUUUGUUUCCACAAUUAUUGUACAAUCAUUGGCUGCUUAACGGGUCGAGUCUGGAUUUAGUGUGCGCCGCAUCUGGUUAUCCAUCGCCGCUCAUAACAUGGUCGUUUAUUCCUCGUUACGUAGAUAAUGUUACGCAACCUCGCAUUCUCCUCAAUUCCACCACCGGCAUCGGCAUACUGUCGCUGACAAACGUGAACGUUUCCCAUGCCGGUGUCUACCUGUGUUCUUCGAAGAAUCCGAUCACCAAUGACUUAGAAGUACAGAAUAUAACCGUAGACAUACUGAUACCGCCGUCGUUCCUGAAAACUCCGACGAACCAAAUUUGUCCGAAUGGGAGGACAGCGAGGUUUGAGUGUCAGGCGCAAGGAUUACCCGUACCUCAGAUUUAUUGGCUGAAAGACUCUUCAAAUAUUACUAUCAACGGUCGCAGAACGACUUACGUUAAGGAAUACAAUAAAAUAGAGCUAGCAAUAUCGGCAACAGUACCGAACGACACUGGCAUAUACCAGUGCGUGGCGGUGAACUCAGCGGGUGAGAUUUGGGCCGCUGGCCGGCUCCAAGUGAAUACGUCGCGCAAUAGUCCCGCUGCGCCCACUUCUCUAAAAUGUCAUGCCGUUUCGCCAGUUAGAAUCUUAAUUUCUUGGGAACCACCAAAGUCUCUACCAUAUACCAGUAUUACAGCUUAUACCGUCCAUUAUAGUCCUGUAGAGGGUGGCAAGGAGGAAGUUUCCCCACCGGAACCAGGAAACUCUACAUCCGUAGAAGUAACGAAGCUUCUCGAACCGUUUACAAAUUACUCGUUCUACGUACGAGUGUGGAAUAAUUAUGGUGCUAGCGAUCAAUCGGCUACCAUUCUGUGUUCCACCGCUCCAAGUGUUCCUAAAGGCGCACCAAAAAUAAAUGUGGAUAUAAUCAGUAGUACAAAGCUAAAUGUAUCAUGGGAGCCUUUGAGUAAGAAGGAAUCUCGUGGCAUCGUGGUAGAAUAUAAACUUCAGUGGAGACUUCACCAACACCCAUCUUCCAGAGUAUGCCAGUUACCUGCUACUAUCGAAUACCAUAUACUUUCUGACCUGAUACCUGGAGCACAAUAUGAUCUGCGAGUGUUGGCGAGAACCAAGCAGGGUUGGCCGAACAUCAGCGAGACGCAAUUCGAGUGGAUCACCGUGACCAUGCCGUCGCCUGAAACCAAUCAAUUUACCAUAAGGAACGUUGUGGAUAUUCAAGUACUAAUAGUAAACGCCUCGUUAGUUAAGCUGAAAUGGAAGAUCAACUUCAAGCAGAACGAAUCGGACUUCGAUUCCUGGCAGAUUUAUUGCGAGAAUCAAGACGGUGAGAAAUUGAAGACUAUUUUGCUGCCGCAGAACAUCACCGAGUAUCUGUUCACCAAUCUUGAUAUGAAUGUUUCUUACACCAUGGGUCUGUGUAUGGUGAGUUCGGGUCAAGCAACAGGUUGCUUGACGAGACACGUAGAGACAACGCAGUCCGAUCCCGGUGAUGUACCAAUGGCUUUGGAGGCUACCCCCGACUCACCCACGUCCAUUAACGUAACGUGGACAUUGUUGGACACACACGGUGUAGAUUCGUUCGAGCUUUGUUAUCACGCGGUGCAUGUACAAAAUUCCGACAGUUCCAAGUGUUUUAUCAUAGACGAUAUGAAGGUAAACGUUGACAAGCUGAAGCCUUUUACAUUGUACCAGUUCAAAGUGCGAGCCAUUCGACACGACACGAAUCAAACCAGUCUCUAUAGUGAGUCCAUAGAGUGCUACACGAACGAAGAUGUACCCGGCAAAGUCGAGAAAGUGGAGUGGUUCUUGGGCAACAAUACCAAAGUGCGAAUCGCGUGGAAGGAGCCGAGUAACGUGAACGGGGUCAUACAGAGUUACUUCGUCACGUACACCAUGGACCUGGCGACGGAGACGACGGUGAUGUGGCGUAACGUUACUGUGCCCGGCAACAAAACGUCCGCGACUCUACCGGGUCUGGCGCCGGGGAAACGUUACUUCGUCAUGGUGCAAGCGGCGACGAAGGCCGGAUACGGGAAACCGUCGGAUCCCAUUAUCAUUAUCACCGGUGGCAGCACGUCGAGGCCCACCUCGUCCGACAAGAAGGAGCCCUCGCAAAAUAUCAGUCCCGAUCAGAGUCUAGGUGUGGUCCUCGGAGUGAGCAUAAGCAUCGGCUUCAUCAUGAUAUGCCUGUGCAGUAUAUACUGCCGGCGCAAGUACGAGAAUUCCCGUUCGUUCCGCAACGACGCCCAGCCGACGAACGGGCGCGUACUGUCGCGGAACGGGAAUGGCUGCUGCGUGGAGCAAUCCUCCGCUUCGGCGAGCCAGCAGGUGAACGCUACUGGCGACGGCGCACCGAACGAGAUCGAGCUGGCCGUGCUGUGCCCGUCGUCCCCGAUCGAGACGAAUCCGCAUUCGGACGCGAAGGGUGCGCAAUCCAACGGGGUCUUCGAGAAUUGCGUGAGAGAGCCUCUGUUGUCGCCGUGGGAGAUAAACGGAGACUCGAAGGACGUUCACAUUAUGGAGAACCCUCAGUACAAAAGGAGAGGCAGUUCCAUCUCGGAUAAUCCGCGGGAGGACGAGGAGGAGGAGGAGGACGGGGAGGAGCAAGAUUUAGAAGGCACUCAGCUCACAAUGGUCAAUUGUACUUUAGGCAGUAGCGCUAGCAGUCUAAAUAACAACUCAGGAUGCCCGGACGGGGAGAUCGCGUCGCCGAAGGCCGCGUGCGUGUCUAUCCCGGCGCUCGGACCGAACGGGUGAAAGAAAAGCGCGUUUAUAGGCAAUACGCUAAAAGUGUUCAAUACUUCUCACCGGGUCUAUCGGGUCGCAGCAGGUAGGAGUACACGAAUUCUCCCGUUUUUUCAUCCACACACACACACACACACACACACACACACACACACACACACACACACACAGGUUGACACACAGCGAAUCGACUGAUUCUCCCGGUCGAGAGACGCGCAACGAGAUAACUCUUUCCGGCACUCCCGAGAAAGAAAGAGGAAACGUAAGAUCGAUGCAACGGAAAGACCGCCACACAACCUCGCAGAUCCGACGCGCGAUUUCCAUCUCGUGCAUAGGGACGAACGUCGUCCGCCACUCUGACACACGCACCCACGGCCGAUGUAAAUGACAACCGUUUCGAGGAAUCCGAGUGAGCAGUAGUCGCUACGUUGUACAUACUGACCGCGCAGAGUAACGCGCGUUUCGUCGCGCGGGUUGUCCGAGAGCGGACGAAAGAGAGGCGCAGCUCGGCGAGAGCGAAGGACGAUUUGUCGAAGACUCACUCUGCAUCGCACGGUCGCUAUGAGACCGCGAGAGAAAUGCGAUGCAGACGAUACUUAAGAGUGUGUUUUGCCAGACGCUCGUAUAUUUAAAGGGAUACGCGUAUAAGGGAAUGGUGUGUGACACUUGUCGACGGGUCGGGAAUUGAGAAACGGAAGGAGAGAGCGAGAGGAUAUAUAUGAGAGAGAGAGAGAGGGAGAGAGGAGGACGGAGUACGGAUUUUUACAGAGAACCGGACCGGAAUGAAAUAGCAGGUUUCCAAUGCCGCUGUACAUAGGAUAGGGUAAUUGUUAAUUGUGAAUAAUGUCCAUAAAAUAUCACAGUUCGAAAUACAGAGUGUAAUACAGAGAGGGGAGACACGCGAAUAUGCAUUCCUCCGCGUUCGGAAACACAAAAUUGCUAUUGAAAACGAAAGAGAGAGAGAGAGAGAGAGAAUUUACACCCAGACAACAAGCAUGGCCUAAAAACUCAGUCGACAAAGUUUCACGUUAAUAUUUUAAUUAGUGUAAUCCUCCUCGGGCUGACGACAAAGGUCGUACGACAAGGUCGUACAAGGGUUGCUUGGAAAAGGAAAAAAAAGUUGAAACAAUGACACUGAUCACACAUUCCAACACAAGUUUUC